AGCAGUCCGACGCCUGCCGGGUCGGGGACAAUACCUGGAGCAGGCAGCCAGGAUGUUUCUGGAACCCCAGGAAACUAUGCCCCAGACAUCUGUGGUCUUCUCCAGCAUCCUCGGACCCAGCUGUAGUGGACAGGUGCAACCCGGCAUGGGGGAGCGAGGAGGCGGGGCUGGCAGUGGCUCUGGGGACCUCAUCUUCCAAGAUGGACGCCUCAUUUCUGGGUCCCUGGAAGCCUUGAUGGAGCACCUGGUCCCCACGGUGGACUAUUACCCCGAUAGGACAUACAUCUUCACAUUCCUCCUGAGCUCCCGGGUCUUUAUGCCCCCUCAUGACCUGCUGGCUCGAGUGGGGCAGAUCUGCCUGGAGCAAAGGCAGCAGCUGGAGGCUGGGCCUGAGAAGGCCAAGCUAAAGUCGUUCUCCGCCAAGAUUGUGCAGCUCCUGAAGGAGUGGACAGAGGCCUUCCCCUAUGACUUCCAGGAUGAGAAGGCCAUGGCGGAGCUGAAGGCCAUUGCUCACCGUGUCACCCAGUGCGAUGAGGAGAAUGGCACAGUAAAGAAGGCCAUCACCCAGAUGAUACAGAGCCUGCUGCUAUCCCUGGCCACCCGGAGCCAGCUCCAGGAGCUGCGGGAGAAGCUCCGGCCACCAGCUGUUGAAAAAGGGCCUGUCCUCAAGGCCAAGCCACCGGCCGCUCAGAAAGACAUCCUGGGCGUGUGCUGUGACCCCCUGGUGCUGGCCCAGCAGCUGACCCACAUCGAGCUGGAGAGGGUCAGCAGCAUUCACCCUGAGGACCUGAUGCAGAUCAUCAGCCACAUGGACUCCUUGGACAACCACAGGUGCCGAGGGGACAUGAACAAGACCUACAGCCUGGAGGCCUAUGACAACUGGUUCAACUGCCUGAGCAUGCUGGUGGCUACUGAGGUGUGCCGGGUGGUUAAGAAGAAACAUCGGACCCGCAUGCUGGAGUUUUUCAUUGAUGUGGCCCGAGAGUGCUUCAACAUUGGAAACUUCAACUCCAUGAUGGCCAUCAUUUCUGGCAUGAACCUUAGUCCAGUGGCUCGGCUGAAGAAAACAUGGUCCAAAGUCAAGACAGCCAAGUUUGAUGUCUUGGAGCACCACAUGGAUCCAUCCAGCAACUUCUGUAACUACCGCACUGCCCUGCAGGGGGCCACACAGCGGUCCCAGAUGGCCAAUAGCAGCCGUGAGAAGAUUGUCAUCCCAGUAUUCAACCUCUUCGUUAAGGACAUCUAUUUCCUGCACAAAAUCCACACCAACCAUUUACCCAAUGGGCACAUUAACUUUAAGAAAUUUUGGGAGAUCUCCAGACAGAUCCAUGAGUUUAUGACAUGGACACAAGUAGAAUGUCCCUUUGAGAAGGACAAGAAAAUUCAGAGUUACCUGCUUACAGCGCCCAUCUACAGCGAGGAAGCUCUCUUCAUCGCCUCCUUUGAAAGUGAAGGUCCUGAGAACCAUAUGGAAAAGGACAGCUGGAAGGCCCUCAGGACCACUCUCCUUAACAGAGCCUGAGGGUGUGGAUGCAGCCUGCACGUAACCGGAUGAAGCACAUGCACAAACCAAGUUUGAAUCUUGAUUGAUAUGGGUUGAGAUGAGGAGGCCUCACUGGUUGGGGUCCAUUUUGUAUAUAACUUUUAUGAAAAAGAAAAUGGUAAUUAUUUCAUGCAUCAACCUUUGGCACUUAUAAAGUUUUUUUGUUUAUUUUAAAUAACAGGGCAGGGCCCUGCUUUGGGGAGGGGUGGGGAAAGAGUAUCAUGGGAGAUGGCAUCCAUGAUAACAUCUUAUUCUAAUGAAAUGUAGAUUUUUAUUUUAUACUUUUGAUUAUUAACAUCUUAUGAAAAAAAUAUUUUAAAAAACCCAACCAAAACCAACGUGAGCCCUGCCUGCUCGGACGCCUUUCCAGCCAGUGUCUCUGAUGUCGGGGUUAGUGCCUUAGAGGGUACUGGGGGUCCGGUCUUCCUGCUCUGUUGUUUGAGCCUGCAGUGAGCUCUGCCCUGAGCUGUGAGGUGCUCACCCUCAACAGCCUAGGCCAUGAGGUUCCAGGGGGAAGGGCUGGGGCACCUGGGAGGUCUCGUGUAUACUUCUGGAAGUGAACCUUUGAGUGCGGGCUCUCCAAAGUUUACAUUUUCAUUUUCCUUUAUCAGGGAUUUAUGGGGUCGGGGAGGGGCAGGGGGACACCUGGUGGCAUAUUUUCUGUAAAAAUAUGUCUGGCAAAUUCUUCGAUUGUGUUUUAG